AUGGUACCUGAUCUACCAGGGACAACAACGCUACCUACUCAACCAAUUCCGGGUGGUCAUCUCCGAAACAUUUCUCGUUCAGCCAACCAGCCAGAAUAUCUUUGGGUCGACAUGUGGGCCAUCUGCGACUCCUCCAACUGCUACCACUUCUCCUCAGACGACAACUUCGGUCACCUCUACCAUGCUCAAAGCUCCGUCGCCAACUUCCCUAAUGGUUUCGGCCAGCUCGUUAAUGCUCUGUCGGCUGCUAAGAACGAUCUGUUCGAGGCGUACAAAUACAAAGUCGGAAGCCAGUAUCUCCUGAUCGUCGAGUAUAUUGGUAGCACUGGCUUGCGAUACUUCCGUUCUUGGACAAGUUCAAACAGUAUCGCAGGCUCUUGGACGGCGCUUCACGCGCUUCUGAAUGUGAUUCAUUUGCUGGGAAGGACGGCGUUCAGUUCAACGGAAACGCUUAGACUUGCUGAUAUCAGUCACGGAGCGGCCGUACGAUGA